CCAAACUGCGCAUGCGCGAUCAUUCAGGAACGUUCUGUCUCAGAAAGACGCUAGUGCUCCGGAGCGUCGUCACCAGGCAUGACUGAACAAAGAAGCGGUGGGCACACGCCUCCCGCGUUUGCCUUCAUCGAAGAAGCAACCCCGGGUACAAGCCGUGAAGGCGGCGAGGGAGCCUCAGGCACUUGCGACGAUUACCCUGCGUAUAUUGACGAGUACAUCAAUGACGCGUUGAAGGCGUUGAACCGCCAGACCGAUGCCAGUGACGUCAAUGAUGCCACUGACUGCGGAAACACCAACUACGCACCUGUUGUGUCCACCGCUAGUGCCGAUCACGCCUGGCCCAGAACAAGUCACGCUGGCAUCGAGAAACUAUCGUCUACUACGAAAGACACCGCGAGCUGUUCUGACGACGCCUGGCGCUGCCAGCGGAACGCGCAGCACAGGCCGAUCGCCGACCAGACGUACAGCCUCGACGGUGCCUAUUCCAGCGGUAGCCCUAGUCACCUGCACCUGGGGCCCAUAAGCAGCAUCGAUCACAAAAAGCCCAGCACAAGCCACGCUGGAAUGGUGGAGGCCUCAGCAAGUUUACAAUACGGAGCCAGAAAUCCUCCGACCACGUGGGUUCACCAAAGCAACACGCAGUACUACACGACUGCACGCACAUCCACCAUCCAGGGGUAUGCACACAACAGAGACACCGGAAGCACCAGUUUCACACUUCCAGUCUACAGCAGCAGCGGCGGUGGCAAAUACGCAGUGGCCAGUACAAGCAACGCGGGCACGGAGGAAGCAUCGGGCAUUCUGGGAAAUGAUGCUAGAAUUCCUGACGCCACCGGCGCUGAGCCAUGGAGUACGCAGUACUACGUGGCUUGUGGCACAACUACAGUCUCCGGUCAGGGGGCGAGUGCCGCCGCCUCAGAUGCAGGCUGGGAGGUCUUGGGUCCCAGCAGCCUCUUCAGCCAGUUGGACAAGCCAAAGCUGGACUUCAGAGUCCGAGCUGCGCAGCAGGGUCUCCCAGGCCAUACACACGUGACUGAAAGCGCAAUCACCAGUUCCCUACCUAUGGUGUCCAGCAGCAGCGUCAAUCACGCACAGCCCAGCACAAGCCGCGCUGGAAUGGAGGAGGCAACGGCCGUUCCGGAAAACAUCGCUAGGAAUGCUCCUGGAACCGGAGGAACGGAACAGCGAGAGAUGUGCGGUGUCUGUGGCACCGUUUCGAACAUACCGGACGCUUUACACGGGCACGCCAAGGAACAAACGGAGGUCACAUCCCAGAUUUGUAAAGCGUGUGGUCAAUCGUCUGUGAAGAUGUCUAAGUCUGUCCAACAUUGCCGCAACCUCACUGGCAAAAAACACAAAUGCGAAACCUGUGGUAAACAGUUCCACCGGGCAGAUCACCUAGCUGUACAUUACCGCACGCACACAGGCGAGAGACCCUACAAAUGCAAAAUAUGUGAAAAAUUGUUCCGGAAUUCUCACCAUCUAAAAAUCCACAAGCGCACUCAUACAGAUGAGAGACCCCACAAAUGCCAAAUAUGUGCUAAAUGGUUUCGGCAGUCUAGUCACCUAGAUUACCAUAAGCGCGUGCACACAGGUGAGAAACCGUAUAUUUGUAAAACAUGCGGUAAAUCAUACACAAAGUUGGCAGCUCUCCGUAAACAUGAGCACGCUCACGCAGAGGAGAAACCUCAUGCAUGCCAAAAAUGUGGUAAAUCAUUUUAAAGCAAAUAUGACUUCAAGAGACACGUAGAUUCCGAAUGUGGAAACAGCGCUUUUGUUUGCGAAAUAUGUGAUCAAUUCUUUAUGAACAAUUCGACUCUUCUUCGUCACCGCCGAACAAAGCACGCGGAUAGAACACCGUAUGACUGUAUGCAGUGCGGUUGUCGUUUUGCAGACAAAGAAACACGCGAUAGGCAUGUGUGCCAGAAGGAACGCAAGAUGUGAACGAUUCCGUCUGGUUUUUCGAAAUUGCGCGACAAGACCUCAUCGCCAGAAGUAUUUGGGGUGCUUCAAUAUCGAACAACACUAGGUAAUGGCCAGCGCUCACUGUUCCGUGAACUAUGUUGUUGGUGAACGUCGCUUAAUCAAACUGAUUUCAAGACAAACCCUAAUGGACGGCAAGAUUGUGUUUUGCGUAACUAGAGGGUUGAGGGAAAUGCCCCCAAAGAUUCUUGACCCCCAUUUGGUUAGAGAAACGUCUUGUGAAGGUCUUUUGACAGUGUACCAGCGAAGAAGCUUUGAUGAACCAUAUUUGUAUUCAUAUUGCAGCGUACACAGAACGGAAUAUCUCUCUUUAGGAAGCACUUGAGAAAGGACGUACUGUAUUCUUGACAACUAAAAAGUAAUUUCUGCCAUUAAUCGAGGUCCAAAGGCAAAGUCGCCUUCGAGAGAAAGCACUUGCAGAUGCUUUUACGACAAUGAUUAACUACAUCGUACGCGUUUGAAAAGUAUCUGCUUGAGAAAGUUCGUUCAAUGCAUUGACCAUUCUUUGGCGCCUGUAUUCAUACCGAAAAUGUUUUUUCUAUACCAUAAAAUAAGCUGAUCACGAUAGUGAGAAAGUAUUAGAUCCGAAUCAUUUGAAAAUUCUUUAUAUGAUAUGGCCUCCCCCUAGGAAAAUUUUUAGUUGUUUUAUUGUGGCAGGACUUCUGAAGUUUAAUAGGCAGCUUUUUAUCCACUCGGAAUUCGUCUGUUUUGACUCGCACUGCUCUCUAGUAGCAGCUGUAUAAUCUUUUUAGCCUGAUGGAACAGAAGUUUCUGUGCAGAAAUGACAAUAAAUGUUUGACUUGACAA